AUGGGAUCUUUGCAGAGAGUCGUUGUUGUUUACGGUGCCACCGGCACACAAGGCCGGGCCGUGGCUCUGUCUUUGCUUAAGAGCCGACAGAAUUUCACUGUUCGGGCACUGACCCGCAAUCCUGAAUCUGAAAAUGCCCAAGAGCUGGCGAAGUUGGGUGCUGAAGUAGUAAAGGCGGAUGGGUUCAACGACGAUAGCAUGAAAGCAGCUCUAACAGGUGCCUGGGGCUUUUGGCUUAAUACACACCACCAUGAUCCGUCGGUCACAACCCCCGGUGGUCCUACCGAUGAAGAUCUUGGACGGCGACUUGUGACCAUUGCGGCUCAAGCUGGUGUCAAGGUCUUUAUUUACAGUACCUGCGAAUCACCAGAUAAGUUCACAAAUGGAAAAGCACCUGUUCCUGGUAUGGAUGCAAAGCACCGUGUGGAACUAUUUGCACGAGAAUUCAAGGAGUUUGAUUCCGUUAUUGGGGCUUUCCCUGGCUGGUAUUUCGAGAAUCUCAUUACUCCUAUCUAUGCACAGUCAUUUGGUGGAUUUCCCUUGUACCCGGAUGCAGAAGGAUUCCUUACCUUCACCAGCCCUCUUGUGGGAGGCGAGGGAAAGGUACAAACUGUGUCUAUCGCAGACGAUUUUGGCGAAAUGGUUCAUGGGAUGUUUUUGAACCCCGAGAAGUGGAAAAAUCAGACUAUUCAGUGUCUGAGUGAAGCUUUCACCUACGAAGAUAUGGUAAAGACAUUUACCGAAGGCAAGUUGUGCAACAUACCUUCAAUUUGUUUGACUUUCGAGACCUUGCAAAACAUGCUAAUUAUUUAUAUAGUCACCGGAAAGAAAGCUCGCUACGUUCCGAUGGCUUCGUAUAUGGACUUCCCAACCCAUGAUAACACCGUUCUUAUCGAGCUUCGAGACGUCUUCAGAUACACACAGCACAACAAUGGUCAGUUCUUUGGUAACGCAGACAAUGUCAUCACUUGUCAGCACCUCAAGGAUGAAGCCCGGCGCGACAAGGGCCUGCCACAAGAGCCUGUCAUCAGCAUGAGAGAUUACUUGAUCAACCAUUAUGGGAACAAAGUGUAA